AAAGGCUGGGCUGUUAGAUGAGCAGGGCAUAGACACGCAGGCACAGAGAAGGACAGCUCAGGAGAGGCACAGCUCCAUAGCUUCCACUACUGAGAAUGAAAAUUGCAAAAGUUGACCUCACUAAGAAUCUCUAUAAAGAGUUGCAUCACUGCUUCCGACAAUUAAAAGCACCAUGUGGAUGAUCAAAUUCUUGGUUCUUGGCCUCCUGUUCGCUGUGGAUGCAGCAGUAAAUAAGAAAGUGGUGGAAAAAAAAGCAGCCAAAGAGGCUCCUGCAAAAGAGGCUCCUGCAAAAGAGGCUCCUGCAAAAGAGGCUCCUGCGGAGAAGAAGAUCAGUGAACAUGCCAGCACCAUUGCUGACCGAAGUGCUAACCUGGCAUUCAACCUCUAUCAAACCAUGGCCAAGGACAAAAAUGUUGAGAACAUCCUGCUGUCACCAGUUGUGGUGGCUUCUUCUCUUGGUUUGGUGAACCUUGCCGGCAAAGCCAGCACUGCCGCCCAGGCCAAGGCAGUCCUUAGCGUUGACAAGCUGAGUGAUGACCUUGUCCAUGCUGGCCUGGCCGAGCUCCUCAACGAAGUUAGCAAUUCCACUGUCCGUAAUGUCACCUGGAAAAUUGGAAACCGUCUCUACGGCCCCAGCUCCAUCAGCUUCUCUGAUGACUUUGUGAAGAACAGCAAAAAGCACUACAACUACGAGCACUCCAAGAUUAACUUUCGAGACAAGAGAAGCGCCCUUAAGUCCAUCAAUGAGUGGGCCACUCAGACUACCGAUGGCAAGCUCCCUGAGGUGACCAGUGACGUGGAGAAGACUGAUGGAGCCCUGAUUGUCAACGCCAUGUUCUUCAAGCCUCACUGGGAUGAGAAGUUCCACCACAAGAUGGUUGACAACCGUGGCUUCAUGGUGACCCGCUCUUUCACCGUGGCUGUCCCCAUGAUGCACCGCACAGGUCUGUACAAUUACUACGAGGAUGAGACCCACAGCCUUCAAAUCCUGGAGAUGCCCCUGGCCCACAAGUUGUCCAGCAUGAUCUUCAUUAUGCCUUACCAUGUAGAACCCAUGGAGAGAUUGGAGAAACUCCUGACCAGAGAACAGGUUAAAACCUGGCUUGGGAAGAUGCAGAGGAAGGCAGUUGCAGUGUCCCUGCCCAAAGUCAGCCUAGAAGUCAGUCAUGACCUUCAGAAACACCUGGGUGAACUUGGUCUGACCGAAGCCAUUGACAAAACCAAGGCUGACCUUUCCAAAAUCUCUGGCAAGAAGGAUCUCUACUUGGCCAGCCUGUUUCAUGCAACUGCCCUGGAGUGGGACACCGAUGGAAAUCCUUUCGAUACUGACAUCUACACCAGGGAAGAGCUUAAAACACCAAAGCUCUUCUACGCUGACCACCCCUAUGUCUUCCUGGUCAAAGACAACAAGACGGACUCCAUUCUGUUUAUUGGUAGACUAAUCAGGCCAAAAGGUGACAAGAUGCGAGAUGAAUUAUAGUACCAAAAAGCAGUGGGGGGUGGGGUAGUUGGGUUGGGUAGCUAUAAAUCAAUUCUUUUUUUUUUAAUGAAAGGAUGGCACAAAAAAAACAACCAAAAAACUAAAUGUUGGCAUUUGACAUCUUGACCUGUUUACAAAAA